CUUUACUAUACUUUCUUUUAUACUUUUCGAAAUAUGUUUAUAAAACGAUGGACAACUCAUUCUAAAACUUGGUUACGACAAACUGGUAUUGAUCGUCGUCGUUGGUACGCGCAGACAUCUACACUUAUAAAGGAAACUUCACGCGAACCCGUUAAUAAUGCCUCUACAUUUAUGGAAUUCCCUGAGAAGGUUAUUCGUUCUCCUUAUUAUAACAGAGGUACGGGUUUACAGUCAAAAACAAGACAUGAAUGGGGUCUCCGGGGUUACAGUCCUCCUGGUGUGGAAACUUUGGAAACACAACAAGCAAGAGCUUUAUCUCAUUUAAGGUCCAAGUCUUCUUCUUUGGAAAAAUAUAUAUUUUUGGCUCAAUUACGAAAUUCCAACUCACGAUUAUUUUACAAGUUGGUGAAUGAUCAAUUUGAAGAAAUUGCUCCUAUCAUCUAUACUCCUACUGUUGGUGAAGCUUGUCAAGAAUAUUCAAAUAUUUAUCCAUUUCUUGCUCCUCCUGGUGCUCCAGAUGGUCUUUAUCUCACUAUCAAUGAUUUACCAAAUUUGAAAGAAAUCAUUCAAAAUUAUUGUGAACAAAAUGGUCGUGAAAUCCCUGAAAUUACUGUGAUCUCUGAUGGUUCACGUAUCUUGGGUUUGGGUGAUUUGGGUGUGAAUGGUAUUGGUAUCCCUAUUGGCAAGUUACAGUUAUAUGUUGGUGCUGCUGGUAUUGAUCCUCGAAAGACAUUACCUAUUAUUUUGGAUUUUGGAACCAACAAUGAAAAGUAUUUGAAUGAUCCAUUCUAUCUAGGAUUGAAACAAAAGCGACCUGGUGAUAAAGAGUUUUAUGAUGCUAUGGAUCAAGUGAUGAAUGCUUUAUACGAUGUAUUCCCUGAUAUCCUGGUUCAAUUUGAAGACUUCCAAUCUGAACAUGCGUUUGGAUUACUAGAAAAAUAUCAAGAUCAUAAAUUGUGUUUCAAUGAUGAUAUCCAAGGUACUGGCUCAGUGAUUUUGGCUGGAUUCAUCAACGCUCUCCGGUUGGCUCAGGAAAAGGCUGAUAUUCGACUUGAAGAUCAUCGUAUUGUAUUUUUUGGUGCUGGCUCAUCGGCAAUCGGUGUGGGCAAGCAAAUCUUGGCUUAUGUUAUGCGACAUAAUAACCUAUCCGAAGAAGAGGCCAAAAGUAUGUUUUACUACGUCGAUAGCAAAGGAUUGAUUACAAAAGAUCGUGGUGAUAAAUUGGCUCGACAUAAGGUUUAUUUUGCAAGGGAUGAUAAUCAACAAAAACAAUGGAAGACUCUAUCUCAGGUCAUUGAUUAUGUGCAACCUACUGUAUUGAUUGGAUUAUCAGGUCAAGGAAAAACAUUUACAAACACGAUAUUACAAAAGAUGGGCGACAUCAACAAAUCACCUAUUAUCUUCCCGCUUUCCAAUCCGAUGACGAAAGCCGAAUGUACGUUUGAACAAGCUAUGUACAAUACUGAUGAACGUGUGAUCUUUGCUUCAGGAACAGCUUUUCCUCCCUAUCCAGCAUCUUCUGGUAGCAUGGUGACGGCUGGACAAGGAAACAACAUGUAUAUCUUCCCUGGUCUUGGACUUGGCACCUUGGUGGCGAAAUCAAAAUUAGUAUCGGAUGGCAUGAUCUUUGCUGCUGCUGAAGGAUUGGCAAGUACUCUAUCAAAACAAGAUCUAUUACAAGGUAAUAUAUACCCCUCUUUGGCUCGUAUUCGUGAAGUGUCAUCCAUGGUGGCUGUGGCUGUUUGUCGACAAGCACUUGAAGAGAAUUUGGCUACCGAUCCUACUUUAUUACAAUUGGCUCAAAAUAAUCCAUCUUCUACUUUGGAUCAGUCUAUUUUGAAAUACGUUCAAGACAAAAUGUGGGAUGUCAAUCAAGAGGAUAAUUUUAAGGUAACGGUGGCGGCUGAAGCAUCCUCAUCAUGAUCAUCAACAAGUUAUUCAUCAUGCGUACAUGACUUAGCACUAUAGUGGUUUAUCGUCGUUAUAUUAUAUUAAUGAUAGUGUAGAAUACGGUUUCAAAUAAAGAAAUAUGAUUGUUGUCAUUUUAUCGA